AUGUACAAGUUCCUGCUGAUCGCGGCCCUGCUGCCGGCCAUCGUCUUCGGACAGACCCCGUUCCGAGCAUGCGGCGGUGGAAGGCCAACCCCGGCAAGCCUCAGCAUUGAGGGAUGCACUGCUCUGCCGUGCACCAUCACUUCUGGUGCACCACUGAUUGCCCGUGGCUUUGGCAUCGUGUCUCCUGUUGCCACGCCCACCCUGACUGCCUACCUCAACGCCUUCCUGCUCGGACUGGAUGUUGGCUUUGAAAUUCCGGCGGAUCUUGAAGACGCCUGCGCUGUCGGCAUUGUUGGCGCUUCCUGCCCGAUUGCUGCCGGACAGUCGUUCGACUACGAGCUCAACUACUCCAUGGAACUCCCGCUUACCGGUAUCACUGUGCAGGUUCAGGUUGGCCUGACCGCCGCCGAUGGAACUCCAGUCACCUGCGUGGAGAUUGAUGCUACCAUCCUCGCCUAA